AUGAGGCUGUCCACAAUUCUCCUGCUGGUCACUCUGGCCUUUUGCUGUUGUGAGGCCAAGUCAUUUGUCUGUCCAGCCCUUGCUGAAGAAAUGAGUAGUUACAUGACGACUCCUGCGGACGACUUCCUGAGACUGCUUUCGAAAUUUGGUGCUUCUAAGGAGGCUGUUGCUGCGAAGUUGACAGUGAAGAGAUGCACUGAUCAGUUAUCUCAGGAGACCAAAGACCGUAUCCAAAACAUAAUGGUAAAAAUGUUAGAGGAUUGUAAUAAAAUAGAUGCAACAGAAAUCAUCCUUUAA